GGUCAGGCGGGGAUCAAUCAAUUGGGCGGACUCUUUGUAAACGGAAGACCACUUCCACUACACGUUCGCCACCGUAUCAUAGAAUUGGCGCUAUUGGGUGUCCGGCCGUGCGAUAUAUCCCGACAGCUAUUGGUAUCUCACGGAUGUGUUUCCAAAAUACUCACAAGAUUUUACGAAACCGGCUCAAUAAAGCCGGGAACUAAUCAUUUACGUUCAAUCGGCGGCUCUAAACCGAAACACGUGACCACACCUAACAUCGUGAAGAGGAUCCUACGUCUGAAGCAGGAGAACCCGGCUAUAUUCGCGUGGGAGAUCAGGGACCUUUUACGUCGAGAAUUGAUCACAUAUAACCAAAAACACGCCAAUUCUGGCACAUCUUCGUCGUCGUCGUCCUCUGGCAGAGAGUCUGACCUUCAGGUGAAUGUGAUUCCGUCGAUCUCAUCCAUUAAUCGCAUACUAAGGAACGGCACAAACGCACUGUUCGAGUGGACACCAAAUUCAAACCAUUCCUCUGGCGGAGAAUCAAACGAUACAAUCAAUGCUGCGAAUAAUGAGAUGAGCAGAAAGUCUCAGAAUCAAUGCCAACCAGUUUUGGCAAAAAGAAGGCAAAAGAAGUUUAAAACUUAUUCUAUUGAAGAGAUUCUGAAAAAAGAUGACUUCAGUAAUGAUAACGGAGAGGAAGUGGUGUGCAGUGAGAAUCCAAACGCUAACGGCUAUCAACCAAAUCCAAGCGGUGGACAACAGUUGACAGUUCAGCAACAGUUGUAUUACUCCUAUUAUUGUCAGGCAUUAAUGGCUGUUAGUUAUAAGCAUAACAUUAAUAAUGCGAUUAAUGGUAACAAUAAUGUGUCGUUUGAACCGAUUGUGACACAAACUGAUCACUCGAUGUCUGCAACACAUCAAGUCUUUCAUAACAACUCAGCAAUUCCUCAACAAAUGGCAAACACUGAACACUUCACACAAAUAUCUCAUUUCUACCAAUAGUCGCUUAGUUUGUUAAUUAUUUUAUUUUAUAAUUUUCCCAAUUCUAGUCAUUAAAUAGUG